AGGACUCCUACGGGUCAUUUGAGUCUGGUGAAGCCAAGUACGACUUUCGUUAUCACUUCAACGACUACUACGGGAACGACUUCGGUCACGAGAAAAAAACGUGACGGCCGCAAGCAGAAGGUGACGCACGAGGUGGGCGGCUACUCUGGCUUCCUGGCCAACGUCAACUACGAGGGCGGGGCCCGCUACGACUCUGGCUCCCACUACGACUCCUACAGGCCAAGGUACGACUCUGGCUCCUACUACAACUCCCACAGGCCAAGGUACGACUCUGGCUCCUACUACGACUCCCACAGGCCAGGGUACGACUCUGGCUCCUACUACGACUCCCACAGGCCAAGGUACGACUCUGGCUCCUACUACGACUCCCACAGGCCAAGGUAUGAAUCUGGCCCCCGUGAGUUCUUCAGAAGACGAGACUCAGGCUCCCGCGAGUCCUACAGGCCAAACUACAGGCACGGUUACCGUGUGUCGGUUAACUACUAGACGCCAAGGCACGACGGCAGCGGUAGCAAGUCGUGGCGGUGGUGGUCGCCUGCACCAUGAGCUGGCCGCAGGCGGCAAUCACUCGCCGUGACCAUGGCGGAGGCUGCAGCUUCCUGGCAGGCCGCGAUAUUCAUGCUUUGUGUUCUUGCUUCUUGUAUUUGUAUGAAUUCACUAAUUCUUGUGCUUCAUUUGAUUAAAAUAUAAAGAGGUGAUCUCAG